UGUUGGAGGUUUAAAAGCUGAUGGUUACGGUGGCCUUGGUGCUCCCCCGUUCGUGCCGCCCCGAUCCUCAGGCAGGGCUCAGCUCAGCAGUCCACUGUCCUCCUGCAGCACAGGAGCGGCUGCUGCUGUUACCUCGUCGGACAGAGUAGGCGGUAAGCCCCGCGGGAGAACGGCGAAGGGGGGAGCACCCCUGUGGGGGUGAGGCGCGGCGCUGCCGGGGCCCGGAAGCGGCUGCCGGUACCGCGGCAAUCCCGAACACAACGCAGUGCAGGGCCUUUUCUCGACACAUCGCUGGUGGAGAAGCAGAAGAAUCGCAGCUCUGCUGUUAACUGCUUAUCGUAAAGCACGAUGGCCAAUGUAAAGGGAGAAGAUGAAAUAGCUUUCUUCGAAAGAGAAAUAGAAGAGUUUUGCACUGAAUUACAAAGCAUUGUGAGUGAACAAAUCACUCAGAGUCGAGCGCUGAGAGAUUCAUGCAAGGAAUUCAUAAAAGCACUCUCAGAGAAAUGGUCUGAGAAGCUGAAAGAAAUGGACCUGAUGAUUGAUAAAAUUCAGGAGUAUAGCAAUGAGAUGCUCCAGCUGAACCAAUGCAUAUCGGAAAAUGAAGGGCACUUGACAGAAAUAAAUUCUAUGCUUAAUCAAGAAAAGCAGCAAAACAAGGACUUGACUGACAGCAUCCAACAGAUUAAAGAACAGAUGAAGAAGGAAACUUCUAAUCCCAAAAACAUUGAAGAGAGAAAAAAACAACUAUCCAAGUUGAAAACAUUCUAUGAAGAGAGGCUUGGACUGGAGAUACGCAGAACGCACAAUGAACAAUUACAGUUUAUAUUCAGACACAUUGACCACAAAGAUCCUGACAAACCAUAUGCGUGUACCUUUUCCAUAAAUGAACAAGGAGAUUAUGAAGUGACUUCCUGUAAUCCUCCUCUGGACUGUAUUGCAGAGCUCCAGCUCAAAGUGAGAGAAACUAACAAUUUUUCUGUGAUGGUUGCCAACAUCAGGAAAGCUUUUGUGGCUUUAUCUUGUAAACAGUCUACAUGAAGCAAGUGUAUAACUCUCUAGAUGUACAGCACUCUUUUCUUCCUCUAUUCUGAAAGUAUGUAAUGUGUCUAAUUUCUCAAUAAAAAAGUAAUGAAAAUGGUAUUUUAGUCCACUAUUAUGGAGAGACAUGUUGGAUCAUUCUUCAAAUAACAGUAUAGUUAUUUGCUUAACUGAAUGGCUCCAGUCAUGUAUAUUUUGAUCCAAUAGCAAAUAAUGAUGUAAUUACCUCUUUUUAGCUAACCCAGGAAGACAUUAAGAACUAUUUUCUGUAAUAUGUGCAUAAAAGCAUCUUUCAGGUUUGCACAUGGCUGGAAUAGGCCUGAAACCUACCAAAAUGAUGCAGUGGAGCUCAGCCAUUAGUGCAGUUACCUGUGUCACAGGUAACUAACUUAAAUUUUACCAUCUUGUACUCUCCAGUGUUAUGGCUCAUUCUCAUGUAUGUAAAUCGUGGGGUUUUUUUUGUCUGUCAAACUAUAUAUUUUACUGUCUAUUCUUGUCUAGGUGCCUGUUUAUGUUUUAGUAACAAAACCAUUUGAUGUACAUACUAUUCUUGAAAAAAACACCUAGCUGGGCAGAAGAGCUGGCCUGAAACUUCAACGGCAGCAGCAAAGUAACACUCAUUACCAGCCUCAGCAUGUUUUAGAAUAGACUAGCAUUUUCCUUUACUACAUAAAGCAUGUUGCAGUGACAGACUAUUUAUUAUCAUUGCAAAUCUUAAGGUAAAAUCUGACGUAUAAAAUAUAGUAGUUACAAAUAAAUCCAUGCUUCUUGAAGCUUACAAAGAAGAGUAUUACUGCCACAGUACUCAGCUUUGACUAGAGCUAUUCUUUUUCUAUUUUCUUUUGUAUAGGCUUUUCCUUUCCACAGAAUAUUUAAAUAGAUAACUGCAACAUGAAAUGAAACUCUUAAAUUGAUAAUACUGCAGUUCAAAUAAAAUCUUACUAAAUUCAAUACUGAAAAUUGUAUUGAAGGAGAAGACCACUUACACUGGAAACUAAUGAUGUGAGGAGUUAAAAAUAUCCAACACACAGAAGACCCUGUGAAAAAGUAUUUAAAUCCUAACACUUUUUUAAUUAAAAUAACCCUUAAAAUAUUGAAACACACCCUGAAUAACAAAUACAAAUACUCGGGCUUACUGCCAUUUUGUUUUCUUGUUCAUCCCAGACAUGAGUCUUGGUUUAUUGAUUCUAACAAAAUUACUGUGCCAAGACUGCUAUGUACAGAACAUAAAAUAUUUGACAACUACUGCAUUGGAAUUUACAUUCCCAGGAAGUAUUUUCUAGAAAAGAUAGUGUGCCUGGUUGCAACUAUUCUGUGCAUAUGCCAAAGGCAAGGAAUAAAGUUUGAAAUAUUUCUUGUGCAUAGUUUAAAAGUUUACAACUUCUUUUGGAAUUUGAAUAAUAAACCUGCUUAUGUUUGCUUAUAGAUGCAGCUCUUACUUCCUCUAAAACAGAGCCAGACAUUCCAAAAAGCAGGUAAUAGCUAAGAUAGCAAAGAAAAGAAACAACUACUGUGUAUGCUUAUUAUAAAAUAUGAAGUAAAACUGGCUUGUGACAUCCUUAGCAGCAUCUAUGCUAUCUUUGUCUUGAAAACCUUAAAACCUUUGUGCCCUUAUUGAAUGCACUUAGUGCUUAUAGAAUUUCACACAUCUUGAUUUGUGGCAAUUUGGAAUUUUCUAUUUGUUGUGAAGCUGCAUGAUACAGUGAUAUCAAAGGACAACCAGGAUAAUACUCUAUACUGACCUGACAGAUAGAUACAGUUAUUGUGACCCCAGAGUACAGAUUAGCAAACAAAUACCAACUGCAAUGCCCCAAAGAGCAUAUGGGAAAGCUCUGGCACAAAAAAGGAAUAUGCAGCUUAGGGAUCAUGACACAGCAUCAACCAGCCCCCUCCAACUGGUGCUAGUGCUCUAUCAGCAGGAUCAGGUUUAUCUUAAGGCAGUCAUAGAUUUUAGUGAAGGUCAGUAAAGGCUCUUCUUUUUUCAUAAAUCAGUUUAUCCAUUGAAUAUUGCUCUCCCUUUCGAACUGCUGAUCUGUACUUGGGUCAAGCCUGAAAUGUAUGGGCCAUCAACUAAUGCUGCCCAUACAGAAAACUGCUGUAUUUACUGGUGCUCAGCACAUUUGUCUUGAAACAUAAUGUAAAGAAUUUUUUAAAAAAAGUUUGAAUUUAUUAUAUAUUGGAAAUACACUCUGAAAUAACAUUAAUAAUGUAUGUAUUAAGUGAAUUUAGUCACAGUGCUGUUUGUAUGCUAGCUAGAGUCCUUCUGGCUAACCAAACAGUUAUUACAUACCUACUCAACCAAGAGUGGAGGUGGCUAAGCUGAGUUUGUUGACAUUUUUCCUAAACCCUGUUGGAUGUUGCUUGAUGUAUUUUGAAAAGCAAACAAACAAGUAUUGGCUACACUGGUGAAAAUUAAGAAAGACAUGGAACUUACGCUGUGCUUCUGUCAUAUUCCAAUUGUGCUAUGCUACUGUCUUCUCUAAUGCUUCAAUAAACUACAAAUUUAUUCAAUACCUUGAAACUGUCUA